AAAAAGAUCAGGGUCCGCUGCCAGCUGACAAGCGAGAGAGCAAGAAAGGGAUUCUGAUCAAAUUUACCUAUGGUAUUAGUGCCUAUGCGUGAGUGCAUCAAGCGUCCUGUGUGUCAAAAAUUCUUUUUUUUAUAUUCGUAUUUUGUUAUUAAAGUGUUUCCCAUAAUUAAUUCGUGUUCUAUAUAAUAUUGACGUACUAUUUGUAGUAUUUGUACACAGUGAAUAGUGAUUCAAACAAACAAUAAAAUGAGUGACAGUGAUAAUACGCAUAACACAGCGGAUUCCAGGUUAUGUAAUGCGGAAAAAGACAGUGCAGCCUGUGUUUCAAGAGGAGGGAAAACAGCACAAUAUUAUCGUGAAUACCGAGCACGAAAGAAAGCAGAGCGGGAAAAGGAGAAAUUGGAAAUGAUGGCUGGCAGUCAAUCGAGGAAGAGGAAAACAGCUGCGGAAUAUCAGAGAGCGCGUGUUCCAUCAAUCUCUGCGGGAGCAUCUAUAACUACUGAUGUAUCAACGGUCGUCAAUUCACCGAUAACUGCUGGGUCUUCAACGCGUGUUGAUGGAUUAAUGACGGCUGGACCUCCGAUCAAUGUUGAUAAUAUAAAUGACAGUGAUAAUACGCAUAACACAGCGGAUUCCAGGUUAUGUGAUGCGGAAAAAGACAGUGCAGCCCGUAUUUCAAGAGGAGGGAAAACAGCACAGUAUUAUCGUGAAUACCGAGCACGAAAGAAAGCAGAGCGGGAAAAGUACCGAGCACGUAAAAAAAAGAAAUGUAAAGUUACAUUCACUGAUUCAACGUCUGCUGUUCCAUCAACCCCUGCGGGAGCAUCUAUCACUACUGAUGUAUCAACGGUCGUCAAUUCACCGAUAACUGCUGGGCCUUCAACGCGUGUUGAUGGAUUAAUGACGGCUGGACCUCCGAUCAAUGUUGAUAAAAUAAAUGACAGUGAUACUACGCAUAACACAGCGGAUUCCAGGUUAUGUGAUGCGGAAAAAGACAGUGCAGCCCGUAUUUCAAGAGGAGGGAAAACAGCACAAUAUUAUCGUGAAUACCGAGCACGAAAGAAAGCAGAGCGGGAAAAGUACCGAGCACGUAAAAAAAAGAAAUGUAAAGUUACAUUCACUGAUUCAACGUCUGCUGUUCCAUCAACCCCUGCGGGAGCAUCUAUCACUACUGAUGUAUCAACGGUCGUCAAUUCACCGAUAACUGCUGGGCCUUCAACGCGUGUUGAUGGAUUAAUGACGGCUGGACCUCCGAUCAAUGUUGAUCCAUCAAUGAUUGCUGAACCUUCUACAUGCAUUGAUCCAUCAACGAUUGCUGGACCCUCUACAAGUAGUGGUAUACAUUUCACGGAUAUACCACGAAGGAAAUCAACAGCAGAAUAUCAGCGAGAGUAUAGAAACGAGAGUACAACCGAGGAUACAGAGCAAAACAACAAUAAUACCGGUAUCGAAAACGUGAGAAAUAAUCACCAAAUUCCAUAUUCUCACUUUCAACAACAUAAAAAAGCACAUACGUUUGUAAUGGAAAAAUUUACAUGUAAUAGUUUUGUAUUUGUUUGCUCGACAUGUGAUCGCCUGUGGUCAAACCGCACUUCCUGAGUAUAUUGAUCGGGAAGUACUUGACAGAAUUCUACCGGAUGUUCCAAGCGAAAAUAUGAAACUAUGUUCAGCGUGUCUACAAUCACUGCGGCAAAAAAAAAUACCAACUUACGCAGUUUACAAUGGCUUCAAAUAUCCGCCAAUGUGUUAUGAUUUGCCACCGUUGGAUGUUAGAACGGAACGAUUAAUUUCCCCCAGAAUUCCUUUCAUGGAAAUAAAACGUUUGAGUCACGUGCAUGGGCAGUUUGGAGUAUAUGGACAAGUUAUAAAUGUGCCGGUUGACGUGGAUACGAUGGUAAAAAAACUACCAUGCAAUAUUGGAGAUGAUCACAGUAUUAACGUGCACAUAAAAAAACGGAAGAUUCACAAAUCGAGCUAUGUUCAAGGCUUGGUUAAUAAAAGGACAGUUCGAACAUGGUUAAACUUUUUCAAAGGUACACCACUUUAUCAAGACAUAGAAAUUGAAUGGACCGACAUGUGAUGGGAAAAUGCCAAACGACGAAAUCAGUGAACAAA